AUGUCACUCGCACCCCUCCCCCUGUCCUGAGGUUAGACUCCUCCCCUCGGUCCGCCCCCAGACUGAGAGGAGCAGGUAUGUGAUCUGUGUUUGAUUUCCUCCCAUCCGCAUCACAAGGCUCCGACCCGGGGAACCCAAACAGCUCCGCAGCAUCAGCUCCCGGCCUAUGAGUGGAGCAUAGUUAGAAGACAUGGCACCAUUGUCUAACAACGUGAUGGGUUUCACUCCACCGGAUGGAGGCUGGGGGUGGAUGGUUGUCUUGGGAGCUUUCAUCUCAAUGGGAUUCUCCUAUGCCUUUUCAAAAGCUAUCACCGUAUUCUUCAAAGAAAUCCAGGAUCAUUUUGGAGCUUCAUACAGUGAAAUUGCUUGGAUAUCCUCAAUAUUACUGGCUGCCAUGUAUGCCGGGGGUCCGGUAAGCAGUAUUUUGGUUAAUCGCUAUGGCAGCAGGCCAGUGGUUAUGUUUGGAGGACUGUUAAGCGGAGCCGGUAUGAUUAUUUCAACAUUCAGUUCAAGUAUAAUGCAGCUGUACAUCUUUAUCGGAGUCAUCGCAGGUUUUGGUUUUUCUUUGAAUCUUCAGCCAUCUGUGAUCGUGGUUGGGAAGUAUUUUCUUAAAAGAAGACCGAUUGCCAAUGGUCUUGCCAUGGCUGGAAGUCCAGUUGUACUUUCCACGCUUGCACCGCUCAACCAGUUCCUGUUCGAUAAAUUUGGCUGGAGGGGCAGUUUCUUCAUACUGGGUGCAUUGUUGCUAAACUGCUGUGUAGCCGGUGCUCUCUUUCGACCGCUAGGGCCAAUGACCGCUUCCGAGAAAAAAAAGAAAAAUCCAUCGCAAGAUCUUGCUGAAAAAGGCACGGAUGAAACCUUACUGUCUGCCAACAAGCUUCAGCCUUCCUAUGGGACCAAAAUGGAAGAGAACACGGAAGAAACCUGCAUGGAAAAGUUUAACAAAGUCCUCGAUCUAACACUUUUUAAGCACAGAGGUUUCAUGAUUUACCUAGUUGGCAAUGUGGUGAUGUUUUUUGCAUUUUAUGCCCCUAUUGUAUUUUUAACUCCAUAUGCUAAACAUCUUGGAGUUGAUGAGUACUCAUCUGCAUUCCUCUUAUCAAUUCUUGCCAUUGUAGAUAUGUUUGCUCGGCCAGGCACGGGUUUGAUUGCCAACACUAAGUGGGUACGCCCCAGAAUCCAAUAUUUCUUUAGUUUUUCAAUUGCCUUUAAUGGGUUUUGCCAUCUCAUGUGCCCAUUGGCCACAGACUAUUUUGGUUUGGUUGUCUACUCUGUAUUUUUUGGUUUGGCUUUUGGAAUGGUUUGUGCUUUGCUCUUUGAAACACUUAUGGAUCUUGUUGGCGUCAAGAGAUUUUCAAGUGCUGUGGGACUUGUUACAAUUGUGGAGUGUGUUCCUCUUCUCCUAGGACCCCCAAUUGGAGGUGCCAUUGUUGAUGCCUUUGGAGACUACAAGUACAUGUACUUUGAAUGUGGAGCAAUCAUGGUAGCGGCGGGACUUUUUCUUUUUGUCAUGAACUACUAUAACUACCGCAUGCUCGAGAAAGAGGAAAAAGAAAGGCAAACGAAAGAGAUAGAAAUGAAAGAAAACGCAGGUAGUAAGAAAGACGAGAUGUCGCCCAAUGAAGACAAAAUCCAAAAUGGCUCUGAAUCGGCAAAGCCCGAUACAGAAAAAGCUUGGAAAGAGAACUAGUGUGGUCGAAGAUAUCGUAUAGGGCAAUACACUUGAAGACAAACCCCACCAAAAUCGUCUGCAUAAUGUUUGACCACUUACAAAAAAUUGACAAAAUGGUUACAUUGUUAUAAGGGAUGUCCAACCUGUAGAUGUUUCAUUAUUAACUUCAUAUUAAAGAGGUGUGAUCAUCGAUUUCAAUGAACUGAUAGGGGACAAGUGAGAAAGCUGGAAUAAAUAUCUAAAUACAGAUUUUAUUUUUGUAGUAGUUCAACGUCGGCCAAAGAGACACAGCUUGGACAUCCCUCGUAAGAAAUAAUGCGUUACUGUAGCAUCACUCAUUUCUGCUCUUACCGAGCAUUAUUUUUAGUAUAUUCUUUAAUAAAUUUUAAGUAUCCAAUAUGGUUGUGCAGUUCCUGAGGCAGUUUGGGCAGAAUGUCUUGUAAUCCCACCAGAGCACAGACAUUCUGUCCUAGUUUCAUCCACGGAAAGCUCUUCUUGAUGGGGGUUUGGAUCAUCAUCUUCAGAUCAAGAAGAAAGAUGGACCAGAGCAUCAUUCACUUCCUUUCAGACCAGUUCUAAUUCGUAAUCAAUAUGAAUCCCACCAUUUGUCCCAUGGACUGAUCGGUUGAAAAACUGCCUCUUUUUAGGGGUUGGGUUUACUCUGCUAAUCAAAACUCAAGAGAAACGCGCUUCUCCUCUGUGACUUCAAUUGUUCGUACGUCUACAAACAAGAAUAGAAAAAAAAAUUCGAGUUGAAAUAAGAUUGAGCCUCACGUAUUGACUUUUAUAUCACUGUGUGCCAAAAUGAAUAUGUGCUGCUAGGAUCAGCAUUUUCUGAGCCAAAGAUAGAACAGGGAAAUAACUAUUCUAACAAGCUUGAAGCCCGGGGAAGAUGAAGAACCUAAUUAUAUUCGCUAAGGAUAUUUACAGGCAUCGUAAGGCUAAAUGGUGCUUAGGAACUAAACAAAUUCUUUGUAAAUGUAUUGUUUCCCUUGUUUGAAUAUUUUAAUUCCUUUUGUAGUUCAUAAAAUAUUUUUAAAAGGG